AUGAGAGUUAUAACAAUUGUAAUUUUAAUUUUUAGUUUUAUUAUCACCCUGUUUUUAUUACAGGUACUUAUCUAUACUCCCAAAGUUUCCUUAGACGUAAGUCCAUCAAACAUUAUUCCUCAAAUUAACAAACCUUAUAAAGACAAUGACGUAAAUGAAAAUAUAGAACCUAUUAAAUUAACUGAUGAAGAAAUUUUAUUAAGACCAAAAAUUUAUCCUAUCCCCAAACCCUCUAUUCAAAGAAAAUUUAAAAUUGGAGUUGUGCCUAUUCCUGGUUCUAAAUUACCAGAGUUGCCAACUCAUAGUAAUAUCCAAUUUAUUCCACUUCCACUUUCUGCUCGUUCAGAAACAAAGUAUUGGCCAAAUAUGGGAUAUUACAUUUCUCUUUUUGGGUUUGAGUAUAGAACCGAAACUAAAGAGCAAUAUCCUUUUAACCAAUACCAAGAAGAUGUUACAUUUGUUCAAGACUACUACACAUUUUCUAAAACACUUCGUAAAAAUGUGGAUUUAAUUUUUAUUGCACCAAUUGGAAUAAAAUUAGAUUCAGCUUUUGCAAAUAAUUUGUAUGAAUUUAUUAAUAGUGCUAUUGAAGAAACACCUAAUUUCUGUAUUCUUCAAACAUACAUGUCAAAAGCAGAAAGAGAACAAAAUCAAAUUCAUGGGUCUACAUAUAAAUUAAAAGUUAAUUGGCCAAAAUAUUCAUAUAAGCAACUUGGGGGAUUAAUUACAACCCCAGAAAUUUUCUCAAGAAUGCCUCACUUUUUAUUCUCUACACAUUAUUUGAAUCGAUUCGAUAUUAUUCUCCAACACUAUUGUGAAGUGGUAGAUGAUCCAAUCAUUGUUUCUCCAUACAAUCUUUUUAGUAUUCCAAAUGGUGCUUUUAAUUGA